GGCGCCGGGAGAGGGCGGUGGUCUCCGGGGUUGUUGCUAGGUAGAGUAAGAUGGCGGCUUUGGACAGGGUCAAGGUGCUGGUGUUGGGCGACUCCGGUGUCGGAAAAUCUUCGCUUGUUCACCUCUUAUGCCAAAACCAGGUGUUGGGAAACCCGUCCUGGACAGUGGGCUGCUCAGUGGAUGUUCGAAUCCAUGACUACAAAGAAGGGACUCCAGAAGAGAAGACUUACUACAUUGAGCUGUGGGAUGUUGGAGGUUCAGUGGGUAGUGCCACUAGUGUGAAAAGCACACGAGCAGUGUUUUAUAACUUGCUGAACGGGAUAAUUUUAGUGCAUGACUUAACCAACAAGAAAUCAUCCCAGAAUUUGUAUCGCUGGUCUUUGGAAGCACUCAACAGAGAUGUCGCUCCAACAGGAGUUCUCGUGACAAAUGGUGACUAUGACCGUGAACAGUUUGCUGAUAACCAAAUUCCACUGCUGGUAAUAGGAACUAAGCUGGAUCAGAUCCCAGAAACUAAGCGGAAUGAAGUUUUGACCAGAACAGCUUUCUUGGCUGAGGAUUUCAAUGCUGAAGAGAUAAAUUUGGAUUGCACCAAUCCUCGUUACCUGGCUGCAGGUUCAUCCAAUGCUGUCAAACUAAGCAGGUUUUUUGAUAAGGUCAUAGAGAAGAGAUACUUCUUACGAGAUGGCAAUCAGAUUCCUGGCUUCUCUGAAAGGAAAAGGUUUGGAGGAGGAACACUGAAGAGCCUUCAUUAUGAUUGAACACUGAAGUGGAAGAUGAGUUCUCCAAGUUCCUAAUGACAUUGCCAUUCCGACUGGAUGCUUAAAGACAAUAAUGCUUAUGUCAAGCAAAGUAAAAUGGUAUUACGGCUGGGUAGCCUGCUGAAGCUACUUUUGCUGGAAAAGACUUUAGGAAGAAUUUCCAAAAAUCUCAUCUGAAGCCUAGAAUGUGUCUUAGGAUUGCAGGCCAUCUGGUUAUAUGGGAACAUUUGGGGAAAGUGUGCAAUAAAUUGAAUGCGUCUCUCACUGCUGUGGGAAACUUUAUCAUAUACAGCACGUAUAUGUGACAUCUUUGUCUCCAUUUUGGAAAACUUAUGGACAGUCUUUGCAAUGAGUUACAUUCAUCUUACCUCUAAAGGAAAGAUGACACUGAGUGGGCUUCCCAUUUACAGUGAAGUGAACAAAACAAGUGAGCAAAAUGUAAGGAUGAGUAAGGAAUGGUCUGGAAAAUAAUAGAAUGCCUUCAUUAAAUGAAUGGUGUUCUCUCACCUGGAACACACUGUUCAGCCCUAUUCAGAAGGGAUAAAAAAAAUAGGCAAGAGAUGAAAAAAGAUUUGAAGCCUUAAAAAGAAAAUCAUGAGUAGAAAACAAGUGGUAUUAGUUCUUAAUGCUGCUUAAACUAAAUUUUUUACUUUGGAGAGGACAAAGUGAAUCAGGUACUCCUGUUUAUCUUUUCAUAAUUGAGUGUGGUCUUGUUCUUAAUAUUAAAUUAAAAGGCAGUGCAUUGAAAGCUGAUGGAAAAAGUAUGUUUUUAUACAAUGCUUAUUUGGAACAAAUGUGACAUGGUCUUACUGAGCCUGAGGGCUUAGCAGAUUCAGAAAACAUGAAAUGUAAGAACAUCCUCUGAAUGGAUAGACAUUUAAAAGGGAUAUAAAGCCCUGUAAAAAGUAGGAACUGAGCAUGAUUAGAAGGAAAGUUCUGUGAUAGAGAUGUUUCCUUUUCAUAUUUAGUACUAAGGAUGAAGGCGACUUGACCUGUGCUGAUCUACGGUGCAAGCUGUUGUCUUCCUAAAUAGCCCAAGCUUUGCACAGUUUCUCACCUCCCCAGAAUUAUAUGGAGUGGUAAAAGCCUGAUUUAUGGCAGUUUCUUCUUUCCCCUCCUUCCUCACAGUCACCUCUAAUGGUUAAGCCUCUGGCAAAGGCUAACUAAGAGCUGGAGUUAGAUAUAAAUACAGAUUAAUAAUAAGUGGGGUUAGAGGAAAGUAAAAUGCUGGUGUGAAAUUGACAGCAAGCAGAGUUCUGCAGUCUCCAGAUUACAUCUGCCUGCAGCUCUUCUCUAGCAGCUGCUUGGAAAUAAAUGGAAAACUGCCUAUUGCCACUAAUCAGGCACAAAAAUGACAGCUAGGUGCACCAGUCAAACUUAUUAAAAAUAUGGAUACUUUGCUUUUCCUUAGACCAUUUCUAGAAAGGUCUUGGAGCAUUUGCAAACAUGAGUGCAGUAAGUUUUUAGAUGCCCAUGUGAAAUAGGUUAUUAGUUUACAUUUAAUUUACAACCAGGGAAAAUAAGGUACUGAAAUAUUCAUAGCAGAUAACCCGUGUCUGAGCUAUGCAGCUCAUGACAGCACCAAUGUCUCUCUCUGCUCCUUUGACAAUGAAAGUUGGAAUUAUUUUCUCAAGGUCAGGUGUUGUCUUAGGGUAACCAGAUCUGGGCUCCCUCAGGUUACUAAGGAACUACAGAGCAGAACAAGCAAGCUAGGGCUAUUUCUUCCUUCACCCUGUGGCUUCUUUAGGAGAAUUGGAAGUGUUGCAGAGUAAGGGAGGCCAUUUAGUUUAAGGUGCUGCGUGAAGCAAUGGUUGCACAGGUCUUUGAUUUGGAGUAAGCAACUUUCCAAAGUAGCUGUUUUCAAUUAAUCAAAAAAGGAGCAUUGCUCAGCAUUCUGUAGGGUGGCCUAAGCCCUAAUUGCAGCUUACUUGUAUUUGUGUAUUUCACUCCUCAGGCUCCACAAAGAAGCAGCAAAGUCUUUGUACGAGAAAUCUUUUGAAGGUCAGUUCAUGCUCCAGGAAGAGGAGAGAAUGCCUAAGUCCUGUGCAUCAGUGGCACUGAAGGUUAUGACAAUCAGGAUUCAGGAGCAAAUUAGAAAGAGAUACUGUUGUGGUAGGAGGGAGAGAAGAUAAAGGGAGUAGUACCGAGGAAAAGUACAGCAUGUGGGCAAGUGGUAGAAGGUUAGCAGAUUGAGAGAGAAGUGUGGUUGAGGCUGUGGCUCCCGCUCUAAGCUCAGCUAAGUCUGCCUGGGCUCACUCAUUCAGCUGUGAGCCAUAAAACUCCUCCCAGGAUAUCUCCAUCCACUUUGGAACUGACCUGUGUGGUCUGACAAGUGACUUCAUGGUCAGUCUCACUGUCCAAUCUGCAAAAUGAAGGAGGCUUCCCUGGAAGCAUGGUUCUGAUGUAUCUGUUUAUCAAAUUGUUGUGUCUUCAGUACAUUGGGAAUUAAAGAGUUCACUCUUUUUAAUUUUAGUCUGGAUGUUUAACUUGAAGAAAAUGAGGACUGGAGUUGUUCCAAACUGUUUGUGUUGUCACAAUAUUUAUUCUGAUAUCACCACCCUUAACUCUGUCCUGCCAUAAACAAAUCAUUUAACUUCAAUGGUUAGUUUUAAUGCACUGAAAUCCUUUACAUAGCUGUCAUUUGGUUAUCAUUCUAAAGGGUAAAGGCUAAAAUUCUGUGCUGUCAUCAAUAGCCCUGAAAAAUGAUUACAGACCCAUCUCACCAUGAUUGCGGUGUUUUAGUGUUUGUGGUCCCAGAUUAGAAUAGAUUGCUUUGUAAAACACCUGUGUGGUUUUUUUUCCAUGUAUUUUUACCCACUUUUCUAAUAUUUCAUCAGGGCUACGUUAAGGAUA